AAAUACCCAUCCAUUUCAUUUCAGUCCUCAUCGUCUUCCUUCACACUUUGCACAGUCCAGAGUCCAGACCUCUCUACUGCGACCCGAACCUCUUCACCAAAACCGACCUCUGUAUCGCUCUUUCACUCUUCACGCUCGCACGCGCUUAGAUUAUUCCGAUCGACGACCGGUACCGGAAUUUCAUCUUCAAUCCAGGAAACGGGUUCAAGCAUGGAUUCGUAUACACUUAAGUCCAUGGCAGACUUGCCGGCUCCUUUUCGAGCAUGUUUUAAUUUUAGGUAUUUCAACUCUUUGCAGAGUGAAUGCUUUCCUGCUUGUUUCCACUCAGAUGUGAACAUGGUUGUGUCAGCGCCAACUGGAAGUGGUAAAACAGUCAUUUUUGAGCUUUGCAUUUUGAGGCUUCUUUCAAGAUUCAUCUCUGAGGAUGGGAGGUUUACACCUACAAAUGGAACUCUCAAAACAAUCUAUAUUGCCCCAUCAAAAGCUUUAGUUCAGGAGAAGGUUCGUGAUUGGACCCAGAAGUUUGGAUCUCGGGGCAUAGUUUGCUUGGAGCUCACUGGAGAUAAUGAAUCUUACAACACCAGGAGUUUACAGGAAGCAGACAUUAUUUUAACCACUCCUGAGAAAUUUGAUGCUGUAACGCGGUAUCGCAUAAAGGAUGGUGGAUUGGGCUUUUUCAGCGAUAUAGCACUUCUACUUAUUGAUGAAGUUCAUCUUUUGAAUGAUCCUCGUGGAGCAGUUUUGGAAGCAAUAGUUAGCAGAAUAAAAAUGCUUGCUUACAACCCUGAAAUGAAGUCAAGCGCUCUGGCUCAUGUUCGUUUUCUAGCUGUGUCUGCCACCAUUCCAAAUAUUGAGAACCUUGCGGAGUGGCUCAAGGUGCCCGUCCAAGGGAUUAAAAGGUUUGGAGAAGAAAUGAGGCCUGUAAAGCUGACUACAAAAGUUUUUGGCAACGCCCCAGCAAAAAAUGAUUUUCUAUUUGAAAAGCGCCUUCAAAACUACAUUUUCGAUAUCCUUAUGCAAUAUUCAAGAGGGAAGUCCGCUCUAAUUUUUUGCUCAACUAGAAAAGGCGCACAAGAAGCAGCACAGAUACUUUCUCAGACAGUCAUGGCCUUUGGUCAUUCAAAUCCAUUCAUUAAAAGCAGAGAACAGCAAGAGAGGCUAAGGGAAGCUUCAUUGUCAUGCAGUGACAAACAAAUGCAAUCUUAUAUGAUUUAUGGUGUUGGUUAUCACAACGGUGGCCUUUGCCUCAAGGAUCGUAAUCUCAUUGAAAGCCUUUUCCUUAAGGGUGAUGUUCAAAUUCUGUGCACAACAAAUACUCUUGCACAUGGAAUCAACCUACCAGCACAUACAGUAGUCAUAAAAUCAACUCAGCACUUCAACAAAGAAAAAGGAGUCUACAUGGAAAUUGACCGAUCUACACUGCUACAGAUGUGUGGUAGGGCAGGUCGGCCACCUUUUGAUGAUACAGGAAUGGUUAUAAUCAUGACAAGAAGAGAUACGGUUCACUUGUAUGAGAAUCUCUUGAAUGGAUGUGAGAUGGUGGAAUCACAAUUGCUUUCAUGUUUGACGGAGCAUUUAACUGCGGAGAUAGUUCAACUGACUGUCUCUGACAUUACAAGGGCAAUCGAAUGGAUGAAGUGCUCUUUCUUGUACGUGAGAAUGAAGAAGAACCCUGGACACUAUGCAGUUAGAAAAGUUAUUUCCAAUGAUCGUAUAGAAAAGCAUAUGCUAGAGGUCUGUGUACAGAAAGUUAAUGAGUUGUCGCAGCAUCAGAUGAUAUGGACUGAUGAAGAUGGUUUUCUGUUGAAACCACUAGAACCUGGGAGGCUGAUGACGAAGUACUAUUUGAAAUUUGACACAAUGAAAUACAUUAUUCAGACACCUGCAAACUGCAGCUUGGAAGAUGCUCUUCAUGUGAUAUGCCGUGCUGAGGAAAUUUCAUGGAUACAGCUCAGGCGCAAUGAGAAAAAGCUUCUAAAUGACAUAAACACUGAUAAAGAUGGUCGCCUGCGCUUUCACAUUCUUGAUGACAAAGGGAAGCGAAAAAAGCGUAUUCAAACCAGAGAAGAAAAGAUAUUUCUUUUGGCUAAUGACUGCUUGACUGGUGAUCCUUCGGUGCAUGAUUUAUCCCUUACCCAGGAUAUGAACUCCAUAUGCUCAAAUGGCUGUAGAAUUGCCAGAUGCAUGAAAGAAUUUUUUAUUUACCAAAAGAAUUACAAAGGAGCCUUGAACUCGAUGCUUUUGGCAAAGUCUAUGUAUCAGAAACUCUGGGAUGACAGUCCAUACUUGCUGAAACAAUUACCAGGGAUUGGAAUGGUGACUGCAAAGGCACUACAUUCGAUGGGAGUUAAAUCAUUUGAGACACUAGCUGAGGCUGAUCCUAGGAGAAUUGAGAUAGUCACUGGUCGAAAAUACCCAUAUGGGAACCAUAUAAAAGAGUCUCUACUGUCUCUACCUCCAAAGGUUGAGUUGAAAGUUGAGGAAACUGAAUGCCGGGGGCAAGGGAAACUGAUGCUAGCGGUGACACUGACUAGGCUAUCACAGACACUCCAAUCAACAAAACGACAUUAUGCUGAUAUGAUUGUAGGUUCAGAAGAAGAUAACCUGGUUCUCUUUCAUGAGAAAAUAAGAGUCGAUGAAUUCUCGAGCCCCUAUAGCGCAACAGUUCUCCUGUCAAAUCCCCAACAAGGAAAGCUGACUGUUAAGGCUGAUCUUAUAUUUGAAGAAUACAUUGGUAUUGAUCUAAACCAGGAGCUUAUCUUAAUGAAGAAAAGCAAUUUAAGUACAAUUAACAAACGAGGAAAAAAAGCACCCUCUCUUCCUCUACCUGAGGAAGUAUGUAUCAUAGAAGAUGAUACUUACGAAGGCCCAAGUGAAGUGCUUCCAAACUCGACGAAAUCCAAAAGGGUAGAUGGUCCCAUGCCCAGUUUCAAGCUUCUAGAUGAAGACUCUGAAGAAGAUGAGGUUGCCAACAAAGUUCAUGAAGAUGAGAUUGCUGCCAAAGUUCAAACUGAUGACAAAGUUGUGACACAACAAACAGUAUUUGACCACAUACGUGAAAAGGCAAAGAACUUCCCUGUCUUGGCGUCAUCAAAUAGUGUGCUUCCUCCAUCAUCAGAGCCCUUGGAAUUAGCAAGGAAACGUGCUCGUGAGAAGAAGCUUGGCCCGGAAAGUGGAGUAGAGGUUCUGGAAGAAUUAGAAUGGAAUAAAGUUCAAAGACGAACUGUGGUCAAUCCAUCUUCAGAACUUAAAGAAGAUGUUGUUCUGCUUUCUAGUAUCAAAAAUCAUCCAACUCCCAGAAGCUCAGCUGCCCUGAACGUCAUGGAUGGCAGAGGAGAAACAAUAUUCGAGCACAUACGCACAAAAGCUAAGAAUUUUCCGGUGAUCAAUAAACCAAAUGUGGUGGAGGCUGAGUCUUUAAUCCAGACAAAACAACGCCUAUAUAAGACUGAACCAGAGUUUAGCAUGGAUAUUACUGCCGUGCUGAAAGGAACAAAACCAAAUGAGGUUAUCAGAGAUACUGAAUGUGAUAGGAGGUUGCUCUCCGGUAGCUCCUGCAACCCUCAUGGAAUAUUGAACGCUUCUCCCGGAGGUUUAAGCAAUGGAGCCAAUCUCUCAUCAAGUAACAUGCCAUCUUUCGAUAUCUCCAUGUUCAAGAAUCCGAAGCGACCUGCAGAUCCAGCAAGCACUGUGGAGAAUACUAGGAAGAAACAUCAACACUCUCCAAUUGUACCACCAAGGCACUGCUCGUUGACAGCAGUUGGAAAAUCCAGAGAAGUAGAAACAUUUCUUGGGUUCGAGAGUGUCUUUUCCUUUCUUUGAUGUCUCCUGAAUAACCUGAAAAUGCGAGGAUAUCUGCCACUUAUCACAGUCAUCAAUCCCAGCCUUGAUUUCUGACAGCAGGUUGAAUUUUUCCAAGGUUGUUAUGUGCAGCCUGAUGCUGUUUCAGGUUAUAAACUUCAUGUAGGGUAAAUGGAUGGAUGCUUAUUAGGUUAUUGCUUAUUGUCUAGUCGUCUAGUUACCACUUUCCUAUAGGUAAAAGGAAUGUAGCAAGAUAGUGUUAAUAAACAUCCCACUCUAUUGUUCUUAUGAAACUGAACUGUAACUUGCGCUAGUAUUGGACACAUACAAUUGAAUCUA